AUGCUUCAGUUACUGUCGAAAUUAAAUAUUUUUUCUAAAAAAAAUAAAUCUCCAUCAAUGUCGGAUGAAAUAUUAACAACAUCGAAUUCAAAUGAUUCAUUAUCAAAUGAUGAAACUCAAACAACAUCAGCAAUAACUCCAUCGACAUCACCAAUAACUCCAUCGACACCACCAAUUACUCCAAUAACUCCAACAACAACAACAACAGCGACAACGACAACAUCAGCACUUGAUCAAACUAAUUUAUUUAUGCAAACAUAUGAAUAUGCAAAAAAUAAUUAUAAUUGGCAUAAAGUAUCUUCAGUUAUAUCCGAUCAUCCCGAAUGGUUAACACGAAUUCCCGAAGGUCGUCGAUGGACAAUAUUACAUCAAGUUGUUUUUUUUGGUAAUGUUUCACAUUUAAAUGAAGUUCUUGCUUAUCAAAUGCCAAAUGAAGAUUUUCGUCUUCUAUGUAAAACAUUAGAUGAUAAAACAGUUCGUGAAGUUGCUGCUGAACGUGCACAUGUACAUCCACAAAUGUUACGUCAUAUUGAACGUCUUGUUGCUAUUGAUCAAGUAUUACAUAAUUCACGUGAUAAUAAAUGGGAAUUAGUAAGACAAUUUCUUCGUCAACAACCUGAUAUUGUUAAUGAAAAACCACCAUAUAGAAAAUUUUAUUUAAUACAUUAUCUUGCAUCAAUAGGUAAUCUUGAUAUAUUUAAAGAUUUAAGUACAAUAUGUCAAUUUAAACUUAAUUUAAUUGCUGAUAAUAAGACAGUUAAUGAAAUAGCACGUGAAAAUAAUCAUAUUGAAUUUGCUGAAUAUAUUGAAAAUCUUCAAGCAAAUAUAAAUGAAACAAUUGAAAAUGAUAAUCAAAAUGCAGCAACAGGAAAUGAUUCAUCUACAUUACAUACAACUACUGCACCAUCAUAUAGUCAAGGAUUUUAUGAUGAUCCUGGUAUAAUGAUAUUUUCAAUAAAUCAAAAUACAUUAGGAAGUAUGUAUUUAUCACAAGAUGGAUUAUUACAAUUUCCUAGUCAUUAUCAUCAUCAUUCUUAUCCAUCUAAUGCAUCACAUUAUACACCACCUUAUCCAUUGCAAGAUCAACUUCCAACAGCUAUGUCAGUCAUUACAACAGAUUCUCAACAAAAUUCAAUAGAUGAAGAAACUGAAUAUGAAAAUAAAAAAAAAUCAGAACAAAAUGUACAAUCAAUAAUGACUGAUGAAGAACAAUUUGAAUAUGAAAAAACAGUUAUGGAAAAUAUUAAAAAAUUUUCUUCAGAAAAUUUACUUAAUGCUAUUACAUGUUGUAUUACAAAAACUAUUCUUAGAGAUCCAGUUGUGGCUGCUGAUGGUUUUACUUAUGAAAGAGAAGCAAUUGUUAAUUGGUUUAAAGAUUCUAAUCGUAGUCCAAUGACAAAUCAAGAACUUGACAGUAAAGAAUUAAAACCAAAUCAUGCUGUCAAAUCAAUUUUACAAUCAUUUUGUGAUUCAAAAAAACACGAAAAAAAAACGGAUGAAAAACUACAAAAAAAAAAUACUAAUAAUCCUGAAUAA